AUGUCAUCUGAGAAACAAGAGGUGUAUGAACACAAUGGCGUGCCCGUCGAUCUCGAACACAAGGGAAGCGAUGCAUCUUCGAGUCUGAACGGCGACACACAUGCAGACUAUGCAGACAAUAAACUUAGGGUGUUGGGUCAAUUGAACCCUCACUAUGACCACGAUCUGACCUGGACUGAGGCAGAAGAGAGGGAGGUCGUUCGGAUAUUCGAUCUGAAGGUCCUCUCUUGGAUUGGUGUGAUGUUCUUCUUCUUGCAGCUGGACCGUGGCAACUUGUCCAACGCUCUGACAGACAACCUCAUGGGCGACCUCGGUGUCGAUCUCAACACCAUGACCCUCGGCACAACUGUCUUUAUCCUCGUCUUCUGCUUCUUCGAGAUUCCCUCGAACCUGGUUCUUCGCCGCGCUGGUGCUCACCGUUGGAUUCCUUUCCUUAUGGUCCUGUGGGGAUUGGCCACUGCUGCCCAACUCUGGAUGCACAACAAGGUCACCUUUUUGAUCUGCCGCGCCUUUGUCGGAAUGUUUGAAGCCGGCUACAUCCCCGGAAUCGCCAUCUACCUCACCACCUACUACAAGCGUCAGGAGAUGGCUCUCCGCAUGUCGAUCUUCUGGUCCACUCUCGCCAUUUCCAACUCUUGCGCCGGUGUUUUGGCCUACUUCAUUCUGCAGAUGCGCGGAACUGGCGGUCUUGCAGGCUGGAAGUGGCUUUUCUUGAUCGAGGGAAUCGCAACUACGUUUGUUGGUGUCCUCUCCUUCUUUAUCCUCCCCGAGGGCCCCAUCGCCACCCGCGGUUACCUCCGCUUUGCAGGCUACCUGACUGAACGCCAGGAACUCAUCGCUAUCACCCGUCUCAUCCGCGACGACCCCUCCAAGGCUGACCCUGGCAAGAGGAUUGUCCCCAAGGCCGAUAUCUGGCGCGCGGUCAAGUCCCCCCGCAUCUGGCCCAACCUCCUGAUCGGAUUUUUUGGUCUCUUGCCUUCGACUCCCAUCGGCGCAUUUGCGCCCCUGAUCUUGAAGAUGUUGGGGUUCAAUGGGCUUAAGGCCAACUUGAUGACCAUCCCUGGCUACAUCCUUGGACUUGCCGUUAUGUCGCUUGUCAGUUAUUCGUCCGACAAGUUCAACGAGCGUGCCUUCCACGGUGCUGCCGCUACUCUCUACUAUGCGUGCUGCGUUGCUGGACUGGCCCUCUUGCCCAUCGGUACCGACAAGGUCAACCUCUACAUCUGCCUUAUCUUUGCCAUGGGCGGUUCCACUUGCUGGCACCCUGUUAACGCUGCUUGGAUCGCUGGAAACACAGCACCAGUCGGCAAACGCACCAUUGCGCUUGCCAUGUAUAUCAUGUCUGUCAACCUCACCGGCAUUGCCGGCUCCAACAUCUUCCGCAGCAAGGACGCACCCCGUUUCAUUACGGGCAUGUGGGCAUUGUUCGCGUCGCUUAUCAUCACCAUUUCCCUCUUCAUCUUCCAGCGCUACCACCUCUUGUACAUUAACCGGAAGCGAGCCUUGGCCACCAAAAACUGGACCGCCGAGGACUGGAGGCAUUACGACGAAACCACUACUGACAUUGGUGACGACAGACUCGAUUUUGUCUUCCAGGUGUAA